AUGUCAAGAUACAUAAGGCUUUCGAAAGAAGCAGAUAAUAUGGAUGAGAAUACUCUCCUUGAAAGCCAGAUUGACCAGCUCACGAAGUUAAAAGAAUACGACUACUUCUGGAAGUGCUUCAGAACUCUAUGUUGUAAGAGAGUCAAUUGUGCUAGGAAAUGAAACUUGUGUUAUUAUAUUGACCAAAGUAUGUCAGGAGAGCUGAGAUGUCUGUGCUAUAUUGCCUUUUUCCCUCUUAUUUUGAUCAUGGUUAUUCUUAAGCUGUUACAACGAGCCUUUGACGUUCUCACCAAGAUCCCUAAUGGCAAGAGAAAAAGGUGGAUAUGACUGUAUUUUGUUUGAAUUGUAGUCUUUGUAGUCUGUACAUCUAUAACUGUAGUUGUGAUCUUCAUCGUCAGAGACGAGGAAGAAAGUAUUGAAAGAUACCUCACUACUAAUGCCUUUACUAAUUUUCAAAGCAUUUCGGACGCUACUGCCCAGAUAAAGAAAACUGAGCUACAGGAGAUAGUCAGGGAGUCAUUGAUUCUGGAUACCUUAUACUCAAUUAUACUUUAUAAUUCUGGGUACUACUCUACAAAUUAUAUCGGCAAGGCUGCUAAUGCUGAUAGUCUUAAGAGUAGUACUGAAUGAAGUGGUACUGGAGAUACUGGAGAUACUUCUUAUUACGACAAUAAUUAUAUGUGCUAUUAUAUUUUCCCACUCGAAAUGAGCGAAACUAUUAUUGUAGACUACACACCAGCUGAUAAAGAGCUUGAUGAAUGAAAAUAUCUUCAGUAUUGGCUGAACCCUAUGUUUGAUUUUAAAGUGUUGAGCAUCACUAAAUUUAUGUACUAUAUUGGAUUUGACACUGAACUAUUAUGCCAAUCACCUUCUGCAUAUAAGAAUUAUCAUAUUGGUCCACCUUCAUCUACGUCUAGAAUUGGGCAUGACUUUGAGAAGAACUCAAGUGUGUAUUUUACAAGUAUUAGAAGUUGGUAUGAUGCAGCAUUACAACAAACAGGUUUCGCAUCAUAUGUCUCUACAUAUAUAUUCGCUAGUAGUGGAAAUGUCGGAUCUACCCUGAGCCAGACCGUCCUCGACUCAUAUAACGUUGCUAGGUCUGUACUUGGGUUUGAUAUAAUUCCUUACUCAAGCUUUGAUGAGAACGAUCCUUUGUUGUCUAAGUUAUUGUUUGAUCAGUCUUCACAGUCAUUCGACUAUUUCAUGAUUAACUCAGAGAAGGCAGUUACUGGAAACUAUGAUAAAGACUCUAUAGUUGAUGACUUGGUCAGGAUGAUUUAUCUCAAUCCAGGUGAUACUACCACAGAAACAGCAGCUAAGAAGACUGAAAUUUCAAAUUCGUUUAAAAUUGAGUCCUUUGAAGACCUCAAAGGAGUAAAAAUUGAAUACAUUUCAUAUACCUUUCAAGGCGAUAAAAAGUACCUCUUCUUCAGUGACGUUGAUUUAUAUGAAGCUAGAAGAGACGGAACUUAUCAAAUAAGAAAUGUUAACAGGCUAGGAUUUACAGGAAGCUCCAAUGCACUUGAAGGAGAUCUCAGAGAUACUAUCAAUAAUGCUACUGCUAAUGUCAUAUGGGUUCAUGUGCUUGGUGCCUUUAUAAUAAUUCUUAUUGGUAUAAUUGUUGGUGUCUUUGCAAGUCGAAUCUUUGCUAACACUCUUGUUGACCCAUUCAUCAAUCUAUGCAUCAAGAUGAAAAUCGCUCAAAAUGAACAAUCAAGAAUAAGGAAGAUGCAACAUCAGAAGAAGAUCCAUCUCUCUGAUGCUGAACUGAUGAUUGCUUCAAAGACAGAUUCUAAGCCAAGAAAUGAGUUCCAAAAGUUAUACGAGAAGAUUGAGAAUGCUCUGAAAGUAUUUAAAAUGAAAAAUUUUAAACUCCUAGAAGGAGCUGAGAAGAAAUACUACAAUCUGGCUAAGAUACGAUACCAACAGAUCCUGGAGAUCUACAUUAAAAUGGAUGAAGACUUACCGAGCAUCAGAGCCAAGAAGCUUAACAAUCAACAACUGGUUGAGAUCUGUGAUAAUCUCAUAAAAUACAAGAGGAUUCAAAGGAAGUGAUACAACAACAUUGGGUGUCUGAAUUACGCAAUGGAGGAGUACGAUGAAGCCAUGAAAUAUUUUGAAAAAGCUUGCAUUGAGAAAGAUUUUGAAGAGAACAUAGCUCACGACGUGAUUAGUUCAGAAAGUUCUACCAAGCUCGAGAGUAACACUAUCGAAGCAUUGGAAAUUGGAUCACGGCUUUUGAAUUAUGCUAGAACUUUCAUUAAGAAGGCUGAGUGAUUAGCUGAGAAAAACGAGAGUGAGAAAGAUGAGAGGGAAAUUCAAAGGAGAAAGAAAACAAUUAGUGGUCUCUAUCAAUCAGCCAUCCAAAAAAUCAACCAGGCCUCAAAGAACACUGUUCAAAGUGAGGUAGGAAGAGAGAUAGAAAUACUCUCAUCUCUUCUUCUGGUGCGUGCAAACAUGUACAAUGAAACCCCUGAAGCAAAGGAAGAAGCAAUUCAGAACUUUUAUGCAUUGUUCAGUUGGGUCAAAAAGUCAUCAGAUGUGAAGAACAAAGAGAAAAGAGGUGAAUUCGAUACACUUAGUGAAAUCCUUGAGCAGACUUAUCAUUAUUAUGAGGCAGCAUUGUUCUUUGAUCAUUUAAAGAAUCUUAGGAAGAACCUAGAAAUAAGACCAAGUAUAACUUUGUCAGCCAUUACAUCUCAAAGAGAUACUUCGUUCCAUCCGAACUUCAGGAGUACAAAGUUGAAUAAGCUUGAUGAGCCUAGCUGUAUCUUGCAGAUUUCUUCUAAUUUGGCGGCUUCUCUUUGAGGGACGUAUUACAUUGAUCCUUACAUAUACCGCAGAAGUCUUGAGUUGUAUCAGGAGUUUCUUGCUUCGAUUCUUCGCAAGCCUGAAAUAGAAAAUAUCGAGUGCAUCAAUGAAUUCAUGGAUUUUUCAAAAUAAGUGGAACGUUAUGAUAUCAUAUAACAGCUCUUUCAUUGAUAAUUUCUACAAAUCACUCUACUACAUAGAGACAAUCAAGGACAUUAUGUCUGAGGAUGACAUGCUGACCUUCUUCACUUAUGAAAAGAACUCACUGAAAAGAUCUGUCAACAAGAAAUUGGCUAAAAAUAUUGAUUUCAGUGAUAAUGUUGACAAUUUCUUAAAUGUUAAACCAGAAGUGCAUAGCGAGAAUCAAGUCAAUUUCAUGCAAAGACUCUGUAACUUUUUGGAAGGUACUUCUAACCACAAACAAACUUUGGAGAUGCUACAGAGUAAAGAAACCAAGAAUCUUAUGAUUGCCUUCACCUCUAGGAAGGAAUGGGAUUCUGUUUUUAAUCGAGAUACAUGUAAGUUUAUUGAGAGACUCAAAAUUCCUAUAAAAGAAGCCAAGAAUGCUUCCGAUAGUAGGCUGGGAACACCUGCUCCAGAUACUUUUACCAGUAACGAAGGAAGUGUCUCUGAAUCAGAGUCUAAAGAGAGCGAUGAAAGCUCUGAGAGUGAAGUUGACCAAACUUCUUAUCACAUGUGUGUCAUAAUCAUAAUCUUCCCUGAUGACCCAACUUUUGAUUGCGAAUUCAAAGAGAAAAAGCCAUUGCCUGACAAAAGUCAAGCCUCAAAAUCUAAGUCUAUUUUUGAUGAAGAUAUUUCUGAUGAGAAUCAUGAACCCUCGUUUAAAGGGCGUGAUCCAAAUAAACCUUUGGACUACUUAGAAGACUGCAUUAAUGACAAGGAAUACCCUAUCACACUCAUUGAGAUUAACAACCAAGAAAACACCAUUGACUCAGCAGUUAGCUUUGUCAAGGAGUUUAUCAAAGCAUCCAGACAUGUGCCUUACAGGUUGGGAUUUGAACAAAUCGAUAUUGUGAAGUAGAUGCACAAAGUUCUGAAUAAAAGUUAUUAAUGACAUCUUAGUU